AUGGAAUUACCACACAUUGGAAAACAUUGUUCAGAAAAAACCUGUAACCGACUGGAUUUUUUACCAAUGAAAUGUGAUGCCUGUGAGGAAUCAUUCUGCAGUGAUCACAUAACAUAUUUAAGUCACUCAUGUCCAAGUGCGUAUAAAAAAGAUUUUCAAGUACCAGUCUGUCCAUUAUGCCACGUUCCAAUACCAAUAAAACGCGGCGAUACACCAGACAUUGCCGUUGGAUUGCACAUUGACAAUCAAUGCGAGUCGGAUUUAAGUAACGCCAAGAAAAAAGUCUUCGUUAAUAAAUGCUCAAGUAAGGGUUGUAAAAUAAAAGAAAUAAUUCGGGUAGAUUGCAAGGACUGUGGGAUGAAUUUCUGUCUGAAACACCGACAUCCGGUCGACCACAACUGCAUCGGUCAUGAAGAGGCUGUGAGAUUGAAGCGGUUGGAGGCUUUGAAGAAGAAAGCCAAGCAGCAGAGUAGUUCUGGGAGCGGUAGUAAUAGUAAUGGACAAGUGACAAAUGGACAAUCAUUCCGUAAUAUUCAGGGAGGUAUGAGCGAAGACGAAGCUCUUGCAAGAGCUCUCCAAGCUUCUCUGCAAGAUGAAGACAAUAGUCGUCGGCAACAACCAUUACAUACUGUGCCUUCCGGAAAUCGCAAUCUAUGCAGGCUAGCAUAA